CCAGGUGGUGAAAACGCACCCAAAGACGGAUUUAUCUAAUUUGGUAUUGAAUAAAUACCGAGGAUAGAUACGCAGUUUCUGGAAAGAGAGAUUUUAUUCUUUUCGUUUAAAGUUACGAUUGUAAAUAUGCCAGCAACAUCUACUCACAGAGUUAUUACAUUUUUUGGAUUUGUGUCAAUGUUGCAUGCUGCAUUUUCGGCAGCUCAACAUCGAUCAUAUUUGCGGAUAACAGAGCAAGAGUUCACCACGCUACCAAUUGACAUUUUGAUUCAAGGAAUCAUCAGUCUCUUCAUUGUUAUGUAUGGCAUAAUGUAUAUUGCCGGUGAUUUUAAAGAGAUACGAGCAGUGGUGGAUUUGGAAAACAAAUCUUGGGAAACUUUGCGUAAUCUGUCGUCUUUUCAAAUAUUCAAUCAUCGAGGAAAGUCUCUAGGAGAAAAUAUCCAAGGAGGAAAUAUUUCCCAAAGGAAUAGUUCAAAAUAGAGAAAAUAUGAUAGUUAAGAAUUCCAUAUAGUCAGUAUAUAACGCAUCAAAUCACUGUACAUGAACUGAAUGUGCAGGUCUUGGAUUAACUAUGUAAAUAGUUUGAAUUUAUAAUAGUUAAGUAUAUUAUUAAACCAUUUUUAAUAUGUUUAGUACAUUUAGUACAUACAAAUGUAUUUAUAAUAGUACAAAAUUGUAUACACGAAUAAAACAUGUAAGUUAGUGCA